ACCACUUCUCAGAGAACGAGAUGCAGUUGAUAUUCCAUUCGGAUCCUGAGGGGCGAGAUGGUGGCUUCCACAUCACCGUGUACCAAAUGCAAUGCGGGAACUUCGAGCCUAUAGGAACUUUUUCCGGAUUACAUACCGCAACCGGACCUCAAAUUUUCACCUCCCCACCGCAACAUGGAACUUCUUGGACUCAUCCUAAGCAAGGCGGUAAUGGAGGAAUAUUCGCAGGAGGAAAUAUUGGUGAUGUCGGAAUCCACUAUGUUGAUCCAGCACCAUCCCGAAAUAGCUCACAAAUAGGAUCAGAUAAGCAGUUCAUCAAUACAAGUUUCGGAACCUCUGACACAUCUGUGCAUUAUAAUGGUCAUGAAUAUGACAACUACCCCGAGUUCGUUACUGAUCACAAACAUCAUCCACAACCUCAGGGACACUUUGAUAAAGAUUAUCAUUACGUGUACUAUUAUUUGCCCCAGCCGACUCCUCAAGUUGUUGAAGUAGAGGGAGAAAAUAAACUUCCUCCAAGUAACCAAAAUCAAGGAAAAGAAAAAUAUGACUUUUUCGCGAUGAUGAAGAGUAAAUUCAAGAAAAUGAAGGAUAUUUUCAGGAAGGAUUACAAGAAGACAAGGGAAUCGGGUGACGCUCAAGUUGAUGUUCAUUAUGAAAAGCCUGAACCAAGGCCUCAACCUCAGCGAAAAUAUCGGCCGACGACGACAACAACCACUUAUAAACCGAGACCGACUCGACCCCUGAAAAUAACCAGCCAGAAUGUUGGUUAUGAAGGAUCUAAUUAUCAACACCGUCCCUACCGCUACAUAUUCAUCCGAAACCCGUACUACAGACCGCCCGAACCCGGGAGCUACGUUCGUCCCACUCGGUUCCGAUACCCUCAGGUCUACCCUCAGACCCAGAGACCGACUACCUAUGUACCAACCACUCAGAGACCUUAUACUCAAACACCGUACACUCAAAGACCUUGGAGCAGUCAAGGAGCCCGUUACCCUCAACACAACGCUUAUAUUGUCGUGCCAAGCCAUCAAGCGCACCACGUUCCGCAGACAGGCUACUUAUCAGUGUCUCCAGCACGUCCAGGCUUCAGGCCCUUUUGGUCCACAAGCGGAUCAUCCAGCUAUGCUACAACUCCAGUAUACACGGACUCCUCAAUAACUCCAGACUACGUCAUAACCCCUACACCUAUACACCCACCGACCGAGCAAAUCAAUCAAAGACCCAUCAACUUUCCUCCAGUACACACGACCCCUCGAGCAAUAAGUUUCCCUGAUAUACAUGUCUCUCCAUCCAGUAAUGUAGCCGGACUGGCCACAGUAAGGCCAUUUCGACCACCGACCGUUCUAAUCACUGCUACUCCACCACCGUUUUUUGGGCCAACAAACUCAAUCUCGUCCCCUCGUCACAAUAAAGCCAUUCCAGCCUUAAUCAUUCCUUCCAGUUCAUCUACUUCUGACCAUUUCGAAGACUUUACUGACAAUUUUAGUGGUUUUAGUGACAUAAGUCAGCUGCCUCUCGCUUCAGAGUCCUUGGUUAAUACCGUGACCGUGAGUGGCUGUGGUCGACGCAUUAUGGAAGAAGAGUUCCACAUCGACAGUUCCGAAGCGCUGCACCACGUGUCUUCCAAGGGACCUCAAUUAUGCACCUAUCAUAUCGCAAAGAGUGGAGCAGAUAGGUGUUCUCUCGUGCUGCAGGUACAAGACCUUCAAUUUAACGAAAACUGCCGCAACUCCAGUGACGCCCGCUGCUCUGACGAACCCUCCGUACACAUGCUCACGAGUUUUGCAGGCAACGGCGACUUGUCGCUUCAGUUCAAUGCAUCCUCUGCGGAAACCACGACGUUCACUCUGUAUGGUCGUCAAAUAGCAUGUGGUGAAAAAAUUACAGCGCCUACUGAAGUAGAGAACGGGCGUACGACGGUCCACAACUGGGAGGUGGUGGCAACCGCGUCUCCAGGAUCACGGGGGUGGGGGUCCAUUAAAACCAAGUGGGUUGGUCCACAAGGCAGGGGCAGAGAAACCAGGACCAUCAUAAAACAAGGCGGUGAAGGGGUGAGCGUGCUGAAGCCUGCAGUUGAACGCUGGUGAAGAUGAGAAACUCCCUUGGAAACGGCUAGACAAUGUUUUUUUCUUCGAUCAUUGCUUUCAUAUGGUCUGGUACAGAAGUACUAGCACAUUGGAAACAGGAGGGUUAACUGUACGAGUUGUAUUCUGUUACAUUUGUUGCUCUCUGAACCUAUAUUUGGGGUCCAAUUAACGUUGUAGUGUCUUAGCUUGUUGACCAACUGAAAGCGAAUGCGUCGUCCUAGAUAUAAAAUCUGUUGUUUUUUUUGUUGAUCUUAACUUGGUAGUCGUUUAGCUUAUCAUAGAAAAUGUUUUCCCCUGAAUCAUGAAAAACAGGAUUAGUAGUUUUGAAUAGAUUGGUAUCUGAA